GCGGCGGGAGCCGUUCCCCCGACGGCAGCCGGGCGCUCGGCCGCCGUGUCUGGGCUGAGCGCCGCGACGCCGCGCCGGAAACCCUCCUGGGUCUUGAGGCGGUAGUAUGGAACCUCAAGGUCUUUAUGACAAUGGAAACAAAAAAAUUGAUUGGCAAACCGCUUCAACCAGCAAGACCUGUUCGUCAUCUCUCUUCUCCUCCAGGACCAGUGUUCCCUUUCAACUUUCAGAAUGAAUAUCCAUGCAGCACUCAAUGCUUACAAAGUGGAGUGGGCAGAUGUAAGACGAAUGGAAUGCAAGCCUUUUCUCAAGGUCUUAAUGAGCAACAGCAACACCAGUCUCCAGUUAAAAAAGAGAGAAUUAAAUAUAGCAGAGAUUUCUUGUUGAAGCUUUCAAGUGUUUCCAUCUGCAGAAAAAAACCAGACUUUCUGCCUGAUCACCCCAUUGUACUUCAAAAACCAGUGAGUUUCCUCACUUCCUUAUUGCAAAAUUCUAUUCAGGAAAACAACCAAAGUUUUAAGUAGCAUUUUAAGAACAGAUGAAUUUGAAGAUAAAGAAUUAUUCAUUUUAUAUUUUGGACACCUGCAAAUGAAGUGGACCUAGUACAAUAACUAAUGGACUGUGACGAUUCAAUUUAUUUUUACUUUUGAUGGUUAGCUAUUUGGCUUCUCAUAAAAGGAGAAAGAGAUAUUUUAAAGUAUAAAGAAUUUUUCUAAUCAGUUUCAGCUUUGCAGGCAGUUCCUGCAAAAAUUGGGAAGUAACACUCGAAAGUGGGGAUGUUGUUGGCGAAGUGGGAAGACUGUAUUAUAAUUUGCAUGCUACUUGCAAUUCUUGUUUGUCACCACUUGUAAUAAUGGAAUGGAAAUGUAAGCUGUAAAGAUUCUCAAAUAUAAAGUAUUUGCUAUGAUGUA